UUCUGGCAAAAGUCUUACAUCUGAAUAUAUUAACUGAUUGUAAAUGAGAUGUUCUCAUCUAGAAACUUGAUAUUUUUAUAUCGAUGUCGCCUGCAUAACUGAUUCUUAGCAGAAAUGAAGUUCGGUGCGCACGAACUGCGCCAUAAAGCCUGUAAACGGAAAGCUGUGAUUUGUCGUCAGUUAUACUGAGCUACAUGAUCGCAUGAUGUAUAACGUUACUGUGUGUCGGAUAAGAGAUUUUAACGCGAGUUUUCCCCUUGUGAACAAACCGGAGACUUCUUUCAGUCUACCGGUCGGUCUAGUGUCGGCAAACGCGUAUUUUAUCGGAAGACUUAGAAAUAAUUGUCGAAAGACUAUAACACGCGUUCGCGUUUACAACAUUAAGCAGGAACAAUUCUUGAGGGAAGUCAGACAGUUUGGCCCUCUAAGUUUUUUUCCCCCCUUUCUUUUUCUUUUUACAUUUGCAGCUUUAAAAGACUACCUGCAACGGCAAACCAGCUCAGUUGUCCAAUCAUUUAAAUUUAAAUAUUAUUUAAAUAAAGUUUAAACGUAAAAGUUUACAUUUAGUAGGCUAACUAAAUGAAAUGUUCAUUUUAAAAUAUGUAAGCCAGCGUAUAUAUGCUGAUUAAACGUAUCGUAUUUUUACCUGUAAAAAAUAAAUAAAUAAAAAAUAACUUUGGUCUUGUGACUAUUAUACGAAAUGAACUUUUAGAUAGAGUAUUGAUCAACAGAUUGUCACAAUCAUCUGUUUAACAGGAUAUCAUUUCCAUGCGUCUAAGCCAUCGUCUUACCACAUCCCUUGUUAAGUCAACCUGUUCAAAAGAAGAGUCACACAAAGGACUUAAACAACCAAAUUAGGUUAAACAAGUCUACAACAACAAACAAGUUUAGGACGCUUUAAUUUUGCAGUGAAAUACUUUCAUGGUAAUGAACAGCUCCACACACAGUGAAAGCUCAUAUAGUCAAGAGAAGACUUGGGCUACAAAUAUUUAAAUUAUUAUAUUUUAUCAAAUUGGUUGAUUUUAUUAAUCAAUUCCCAUUUUGCUUAUUGAUAUUUUGGAAUCAUAAAUUAUAUAAAGUAGGCUGUUAUAUUCCAGUCCCCCGUUCCAUCCCCUUCCCCUAUUGUCACAAAAUAAUGUUUUAUGAACUGAACGAUUAAAAACAUACUUGUGAGAUACCUGUUAAACUCACUUCAUUUUAACUUUUCAGUCUUUAGUUGUUGUUGUUGUUGUUGUUUUAACUACCAAGGACAUCUCUGUAAUAUUUUUACUACAAUAUUGUGUGUUUUGGACAACUGUAACCCCAGCUCUCGCACGUGCGUUAACAGUGCCCUAUUGCCCCCAGCGCGCGCAAAACAAAGACUCUGUGAAGAGCGCGACACUGAAGCAGAAUGAGAACUGACAGUGAACGCUGUUUCAGCAGGGUCACAAUGUGGUUUACUAAUCCGAAUGAUAUUCAAAUGUAUUAAAUAAAAUGACAAAAAUGUGGUGUUGUUUAAUCUGCCUAAUCGUUACCAUAACAUUAACAAAAUGAGAAAAAAAUUAAAAUAAAUUCAAAUUGCCUUUUUAUUUGGAUAGCUUAUGGCACAUAUUCAUUUUCAGUUUAAAUGAAAAACAAUCAAAUAACUACUAUAAUUUCUAAUAAUGUGUAGUACUGCAUUAUAUAAUUAUUGUAUUAUUGUUCAUGUUGGUGGUGCUUGCUUUGGUGUUGGCAUAUUUGAAACAAAACAAAUAUUAUAAAUAAAAAACAAUUCCUUUCUGAAACCUUUCAUAUUUAUUAGUGUGUAGUAACAUGACUUAAUAAAAUCUUGUAAUUCUAAUACAAACCUAAUAAAAACGGGGGAAAAAAUGAAGAAUUAAAUGAAAAAAAAAAAAAAAAGGAAAAAACUAAUUAUGUUAUAAACAUAAAAUGAGUAGCUAGAGACUGGAGACCACCAUUAAAUAAAUGAAAAAUAAUAUAUAUUUUAUAGGGGCAAUGAAGUGCCCUGACUAUCUUUUGUUUCUUGUUAUAUAUUCAAAAAUAUAAAACAUCCCUAAAGAAUAUACAUUGAAAUGAUAUGUCUUGUGUGUCCUCAAACUGGAUGGCGUUCCAGGGCAGGUAUAUUUGUCUCAACAUUUUUCUCAAUCGGUCGUGCAAUUGGAUCACAUUUUGUACAAUUAUCCUUGCAUUAGGUAAAUAAAAUUAGCAGUCUAAUUUUCAUUCAGACAACGCCUCCUUGUUUGCCUUAUAUAGCCUUUUUAUUUUGAGAUAACUUUAGAAUUUCUGAGUUUUCCAUACCAAUUUUACGCGCAACAAAAUCUUAGCAGUGCACCACCAGACGGCAGUAUCCUCGAUUUAAAAUUGUUUACCUCUUAAAAUAUUGUGUUUUUUUAUUUUGUUUAUGUCAAAGAAUAACUAAAUAUGAAGUGAAUUGUAUGUGUUGAUUAUCUUUGGCUGAAAAGAUGGAAUUGAACGCAAUGUGAAAUGAGGGUCUCAUUUGACGUUUUUAAGCCUAUUUUAGACAACAAACUGAUACAUUCAUUUCGACCGUUUUUUUUCCUUCUUCCCUUUUACAGUUUUAUAAUCACAGAUAUCCAGCAACAUAGCUUACAAGUGGUUGGCUACCCUAGACGUUUUUUUUUUACACACAAAGAUUUGGCAAGACGUCAGGAGGAAGCAUAGCAGCUAUUACAGUUAUUAUAAAGAAUUAGAUCGUAUCUUGUAAUGUCAUCUAAAUGGAUAAAAUCUACCAUUUGUCCUCUUGUUCAUUUAUUGCAACCAUUGAAGAGGCUCAAACUGCUACCUCAGUAUUUACUCUACUUUAGAGGGGGCGGUGCUGACCCUUCGCGCACCCCGCCUACUAGUUCUUUCCUCGCUGUCUACGUCACUCCACCGAACUCCAUGCAAAUCGCUCCUCGCUGGAACGCCAUUGGCCGCUCGCUCAUUUUAAUCGCUGUCAAAACGCAUCAUAUGGCCGCCGCUUUAACUAACUCUUCAACUCCACUAGGAAAAGUAACUCAAAUGCACGUUCAAUUAAUGUGGAUGUGAAACGGCAGUCGGAGGCGACACUAAACAGGCUACAGGAGCAAAAAGAGACCCUGAAACUAACAGCAAACGGUUGGGAAUAAGCUGAAUUCCACAUUUCACCGGAGCUCCACUGGCUCGUGAAGCACCUGCUUCAAGCGGACUACAGAGCGCCGAAAGUUCAUGCUUUUUCUCUGCUAGCUGAGAACUUUUAAGCCACUUGAAUGUAUAGCAUGAUGAUGGAGACGGACCUUCAUUCCCCUGGACCCCAAACCAACACGAAUCCAGGGCAAACGGGUCCAAAUUCGGGGAGCAAAGCCAACCAAGACCGCGUAAAAAGACCCAUGAACGCUUUUAUGGUCUGGUCCCGGGGCCAGCGCCGAAAAAUGGCUCAGGAGAACCCCAAAAUGCACAACUCUGAAAUUAGCAAAAGACUCGGUGCUGAGUGGAAAGUGAUGUCAGAGGCUGAAAAGCGGCCCUUUAUUGACGAGGCGAAGCGGUUGCGAGCCAUGCACAUGAAAGAGCAUCCGGAUUACAAAUACAGACCGAGGCGCAAAACCAAGACCCUGCUUAAAAAGGACAAGUACUCGUUGGCUGGCGGCUUGCUCGGCGGUGCGGGUGGCGGGGUCGGAAUGAGUCCUGGAGGGGUCGGCCAGAGGUUGGAGAGUCCUGGGGGUCACGGAGGCUCGGCCAGCGCUGGCUACGCGCACAUGAACGGCUGGGCGAACGGCACUUACUCCGGCCAGGUGGCCGCCGCGGCGGCAGCGGCUGCGAUGAUGCAGGAAGCUCAGCUCGCUUACAGCCAGCACCCAGGUAGUGGGUCUCACCAUCACCACGCUCAUCACCAUCACCCGCACAACCCUCAGCCCAUGCACCGCUACGAUAUGACUGCUCUUCAGUACAGCCCCAUCUCGAACUCCCAGAGCUACAUGAGCGCUUCUCCGUCCGGCUACGGUGGGAUAUCAUACACGCAGCAUCAAAAUUCCAGCGUCGCCACUUCUGCGGCCAUCGGCACGCUGAGCUCGCUCGUCAAGUCCGAACCCAAUAUAAGCCCUCCGGUUACCACACACUCCCGAGGCCCCUGCCCCGGAGACUUGAGAGAGAUGAUAAGCAUGUAUUUACCGACCGGGGAGUCCGGGGAUCCGUCUGUGCAGAGCAGACUGCAUGCCUUACCGCAGCACUAUCAGAGCACAACUGCCGGAGUAAACGGAACUGUCCCAUUGACGCAUAUUUGAAACAGCUGAUGGAAAGUGAUGGAGAGGUCUGUGUAAGGAUGAUUGUGAGAGACUCUGCUGGAAUUUGGCAGGCCCGCUGCUUGGAGAGGCGCCCCACGCUGUGACUCCCAUUCAGCGGUCCAGCGCGCUGUGAGGUUGGGAAGUUUCACUGAGCCGUGCACUCAAUGGCUCCACAAAGCUGAUUACAAGCCCCAGCGAAUUCCUGAAGGGACCGGGCAGCCACGCAGGUGUGCGGGAAACCGGGGCAACCCUUCAGAGUUAUAGUGACAGAGCAAGACAAGCCGGGAGACCACACAAAAAGCAAAGCGUCCCAGGAAGCGGCCAGGGAUUUGGUGGGAAAAGAACACCUUAAAUGUCCUCUCCCUUGUGAGCGAAAAGAGAGGAGAAACUUUCCGAAGGCCUAUUAAAAUGAUGCUCAGCCUUCUCAGGACAGUGAACUAAAAUGGCUGUGCAUCCGAAGCAUAUUUUGUGUUUAUUUUGCCAUAUGCAUUUUGAAUUGUCCGGUGUCUCACGAUUGGGGUUCAGGGUUAACAACGAUUCAUAAAACGUAAAGGCCUGCUCUGCCUCACUGUGCCCAAUUCAUUCUCCCUGGUGCGAAAAAUCUACAUCAAUGAAGCAGACAGCGUAUUUAAUUAGAGCGGAGUCUAACUAUCAAUUACUCAGGAAAAACACAGGAUCCCCAAGGACCGGUAAUCAGCGCGCCAACAGUCGGUCGCGCGCUCAUUACAGCAAAGCGACAGGCGGGAAUAAUAAUCAGGGCGCGGCGACGCAUCUGCCCACAGUAUUUCCACAGCGUCCUGUUGCCUCUCAGAACUUUAAUAACUCGUCGUUUUUACUCCGUUUCGCCCUGUGGUAGGACGACAUGACACUUGUUAAUGUUGUUGGUGUAUAAUUUAGGCCCAAUGUCAGUUCUCUUUUGGACUUUAGUCUAAAUAGGCCUAUAGUCCAUGAAUGUUCAGUUUACUUUACAUAACUUACUUAGGCCUAAUUAACAUUUCGUAACAAGUUUUUUUUUUUUUUUUUUUUUUCGUUGAAUCUACUUAAGUUCGUAAAAUAUAGGUUCACUUUUGUGUUAAUUUGUGUUAGCAUUUUUAGUUCCCAGUAUGAUUAGCAUGGACCUGAAUGGAAAGAGUAGCCUACAUUUUUUAAUUAAUUGUUUCAUUGACUGUUAACUGUUUUAUUAAUUUGUUUGUUGGUUUUGGGGAAAUAUGAAAAAAAAUGAGGCUUGAAGUUUUAGCAUUGAGGUGAGGAGAGGAGCUUGUUUAGUUUUAGGAGAAAUGCAUUGAAUUAAGUUAUGCUACAUAAAGAGAAAUUGCUGUACAAAUGUCAGUGUUCGUCUUGAGCUUUCUGCCAACAUUUAGCAUGCUAACGUGCGUGGUUGUUAGCAAGCAGUUAGUAGAAAGAAAUUCGUCUAAGUUCUUAAUUUUAUUGGGUUUUCUCAUUCCAAUUUGGUUGCGGCUACUCAAAGUAUUCAAGUUGACUUUACAUGGACAUUUUAUGUCAAAAACAUUUUCACAAAUCAAGUUUAGCCAAAUAAUUAUUUAUUUUAUAAAUAUAAAAUAUUUUCGAGUGCAUCAUCUUUCAUUCACUGGACAUCAACGUACCACAGAAAGUGUUCUGCCAACAUUUCCUCAGUUUGAGUGAGGGCUCAGUCUUACUUUAUGCGGCUAAUUUAAUCCUCCGCAGAGUCAACAAGGGCUAAUUGAGAUCAGCGGGGCGCAAACAUCCAUUCACAAUCAGUUUCUCCCGUGCCCUGGAUUGUCCCGUUAAGUCGUUUUGCGUGGGGUUUAGGACUGGGAAGUAACCAUAUUGUGGCAGUCUAUAGAUCAAGACUAUGUUGGCUUUGAUUCCUGAAUUAUACAAAUAGCAAAGGUCUCUGAGAUAUAGGCAUGUUUCAGUUCCCAUGCUUAGCCUUAUAAAUAUGCUAUAAAUCUAUUCCAGUCUUGGCCUCACCUGUGUCCUGUCACCCCUGCUGUCCUCAUGUGAUUAGAGGACAAAAGCACUUACCCGGCCCGGCUAUGGUAGUCAAUCAACCACAACGGACUAUGCUAAUUGAGGGGAAAGGCGAGAGGAAGACGAACAGUGAUCCCAAUUGUUCGGCGAAUUUCACAGCUCAGCGCAGCUGCAAUGCUACUAUUCUCUCCCAAUACACUCUUCCAUCACUUCUAACACAACCCUACUGUAAGCCGAAGUCUGUGCGAACAGGAAGAGAAUUUGAAAUACUCGCGAUUUUCCCACAGAAGUUGAUAUAUUAGAUCAGAAACAAUAGCAAUGCGGCAUAUAGUCUACAGCUGAAGAGGGAAAUGGGACGCGCUCUAAAGUUGUUGAGGAGCUGUCCAGGUCCUGAAAUAAACGCGACUCAAACACAACCUCCGUAUAUGUUCUCUGUUGGGCUAUACCGCGAGCGACACAUUUUCAAUAAGUAAAAUAAAAAAAAAAUAAGUGAAGUAGUAGUUUUUCUAAUUAUCGCUCUGCUUUUAUUUUUCUAUACUCAGAUUCCCCUUGAUCGAAAGUCAAAGUUAGUGCUCGAGGUUGUACAAAUGCAAUGCUUGUCAUGGCGAGCUUACAUGCCUUGUGAGCUAAAGAUUUGAACUUAAAUGAAGUAAUAAGCGCUACAUUUGGUGUAUAAUAGACAAUUUAGCACAAAUACAUCUAUUCAUUUAUGCAGACAAAAAGGGUUUGAGUAUUUUGAAAAAUCUAUUUACUAUGUCAUUUUACAAGUCUAGUCAUUUGGUUCCGAUCAGCCUUUGUUUUUGUUUGGCUUUCUCCCAUUUUUCAGUCUGAGAUCAAAUAUUCACCUAGAAAACAACUUGUAGCACAUAUACAAAAAGAAUGACAACUUUAACUGUAAAUUACUUUUUCCUCGCAUCUAGUUUGACCCAUCUCACAAGGUGCCCUUCCUCUCAGCAGGUGUCAGAAAAUAGGCCUGAGAAUUGUUUGUGUUAUACCACUGCUGGAGUCCCACUGUGCUUCUGUAUUUUGUGAUGGGAUAAACUUUGACUGUGUCUGAUUGUGUUGCUUUUACAUCUGAAAGAGGGAGGGAGAGACAGAAAGAAACAACAAUAAAAGAAGUUGAUGUUUA